AUGCAGCUCUUCAACUUGCUCAUAGCAAAAUUGGCGUUUUUCAUUGGAAUAUCUGCUGCUUUGUAUGCAAAUACUGCACCUACAUUUGUCACGAACUGGAUGUAUGAUAUAAAGCAACUAUUCGCCAACGAUCAAUGGCACUAUAAAACGUUCAAAAAUGUUGACGAACGAAUGUCUAUUGCUUUCAAAGACCAUGAUCUUGAUCAGAAUGCAAAGGUAAAUUUUUUCUACUAUCAGAUUAAAAAAUCUGAUUGGCAGUCGCAUUGGAAAUGGACAAAGUUUAGUGACCAGUUUUUACAAAUAAACGGUAUUGUUUAUAACAACCAGUCUGAGACUGUUUUUAGUGAAUUGAAAAACCGGGGUAUUUUACCAGAAGUCUUGUCGCGUGAUUCAAUCGAAGAGGUUUUAGAAAGAGUAAACAGGGUUUAUGAAGAUGAUUAUGUGAUUCAAAUCAUACCUGAUUUCAAACCAACUGCCAAUGUUGAUGCAGAUGAGGACAAAUUGGAAAACUUGUACUACGUCGAUGGCAAAGUAGCAAGAAACGAAAACAAUGACGAUGUAUCAGUAGAGCAAGAAAUUGAUGCUGAUUUCGCAGAAGCUCAUAGACUAGCUGCAGAAGAAGAUCAACCUGUCACUAUCUUGGAGGAUGUCCCAUCAAAUACAACCACUGUAAAGCAUGAUAAUCUUUUCACAAACUAUCAAUUUUUCACUACUGGAAUUUGGUCAGGAUUGAUAGUGUCGGGCUUUUUGUUAUUGAUUCUUUAUGGUGCAUUAACUUGGCUUUCAGAUUUACAAAUCACCUACGCUUCAUUUGACAAGCAAGUUGAUUUUGAUAAAAAGAAUGAAUAG